UCAUAAAAAAAGUGUUCAAAAAGAAGACUAGUAAAAAAUUCCAUUGAUUCUUCGUCUUCGAUUUUGACUCUACAACCUCGACAGGUUCCAUUCCACCUCGACCUGCCAUUUCCUGCUUUCUGUGACUCAAUAUUAUCCAUAGCUGGUUGGUCAGUCUUGCGAACGGGAAAGCAGUCUGGAUGGGAUUUGAAGUAAAGUAACUGAUAGCACAUAACGCUCAAUAUUGUAGUGGCUUCUCUCUAAAACCGUGACCAUCUUUCCCUCGUAUUUGAAGGUCCGAGAGUCCAAGAUCAUCGACAGAGUCCAAAUGUCAGCGAAGUAUGUUAGAACUAGGACUUAAAAUUUUCUACUGAGUCGGAGCUAUAUAUCAGGCGUUAAUAUUGAGUUAUAAAGAAAUAUAAAUCAAAGCUAGUAUUGAUACCGUCCUCAAGGCACGAAUCACGAGUUAAACGAGCCUAAUAAGAAAGUUGAUUCGUUGAGUACAGCCGGUGCAUCAAAAACAGGUGAAAGUUGGACACAAUUCACUCCAAGUAUUUACGAAGGGAAUCAUAUCAUCUGUGGCUCCCAACUACAUUCAUUUUUACAGCCAAUAGCCCAUAAAUGUGAGAUAUAAGAUUCAAAUGCGGUUGAAGUGUGUCCAACGAUUGCUAACAAUUUCCUACUGAGGAAGAUCCUCUGAUAUUUCUAAUUAAAUUGGAGAGGAUGACCAGACAUAUCUAAUAGCUUAAAAGCUCCAAUUGCUCGUUAGUUGAUUCGUUUAAAGAGAACUUAAACCACUCGGAAUCGAUAGGAACAAUCAACCAGUCGACACAUAUUCUUCAAAUAACUCCUGUACAAAUGAAUCUGGUCAAAUAAGUCCUUGUCAGAGCACGCCACCCUUAGACCAAAUUAUUCCUUCACAGCAUAAGUUCACAAUCUUCCCUUACCCUUAAGAAGAUGUCAAAAAUACGCCAGCAAAUUUGCCAAUUGCUCAGCUAUCGAUACCCUCGGGACGUUUCGGGAACCGAAAGAAGCAAAAAACAGCAACGAAACAUCCUCCAAUAUGUCUGCCGAACGGCUGAAACGCGACCAUUCACACAAAACCUUAAUUAAAACCGAAGACAGCAAAACCAUCGCACCGAAAUAUUUCAAUCUACCAGUGUUGACCUGUGUGUGUGUGUGUGUGUGUGUACGAAUUGAAUGCCGCACGCCCUCAUCCGUCAGCAUCCGACGGCAUCCGUCGUUCGUAGUUCGAUUCCAUCAUCAUCUUCAAGUGCAAAUCAAAGUCGGAGUGCAAUUUGCCACUGGGCGCCAUCCCGAUUGGUAUCACCGGACGAGGUGUUGAAACGACGCCGUGCCAACAGUUUCGAGCUGGCAACACUGCUCUGCAGCUUUCUGAUCGGCAAUGGAUUUGCAGCGUGUGUUGUUUCCGGUUACGCAACGCGCGAAGUGGUCAACAACGAUCAGCAGCGGGUGGUUUGCCCAUUUGUUCCGGUCGAGGAUGAGGAAAGUAGCGAAGAAGAGCAACCGGAACCUCCCAACAAGUACCAACUUCGCCAACCGCCCGACCUUCGCAGCCAGUAUCUCCUUAACAUUGAGGAAGAAAAGGUGGCCAAAGUGCAGGCGGAAGAAGCAAACCGCAUAGCCGCGGAGCAGGAAGAACUCGAACGCCAAGAGCAACCGCCCGAAGAUCCCAAACGAGGCCAUCGCGUACACGCUUGGGUGGCCAUCGUGAUGAAUGCUCCCUGGUGCUAUAAGCCAGGCUAUCGCGAGAUUUUGCUCGAUCCCAACACCGGCGAACAGGUGCUGCAACCACCGAGUGCCUUCUUCUUGGAACCGUCCACCGGUUUCCGGCACGAGGUGUCCUCGCCCAACUAUCUCGCCAUCGAGAGCAUCUGGAACCAGCACAACUACUACGUCAACAAGCAAGAUCCUGCCGCCGGACUGGCGAAGAUGCGCUGGGAUCUUGGCAACGGUCACGAUUGGGAACACUUUCUGCCCGGCGAACCGUACGAGCUGCGCGAAGAUUGUGCCGUACCGGAGGAUCAAGAUCCGCUCACGACGGAGGAAGAGAUCGAGAAGGAGAAGCAUCUCGACAUGCCUACUUCCUGGGUCCGAUCGCUUAACGUUUCGCGGACCGAUUAUGAGCAACGCUUUCCGGACGGUACGAAGGUGAUCUACUUCAAGAAGACCAUCUACGAACGCUUCGCACCGUACCGUAACUUGAUCGGGCUGGUGCGUCGCAUCACCACGUACGAAACGUUGGACUACGAUGGGCCAAUUAGUCGGUGGGAGUUUUACGCGAACCGGGACGAUCUGCUCAAUCUCGUACGCAUCGAGUACCGGACGAACGAAACGGAGGAACACUUUGACAAGGGACGUCCGGAUUGUUUGCGCUUGCUGAAGCAUCGGGCCGCGCCGAACAAUGAGUAUGAGCUGCGAUUCUUUUACCAGUAUCGGUUUGAUGCACUGAGGACGCUUAUCUACCAUGCGACAUACAUUCUGGAGCACUACGAAAAGCGAGAUGAUCUGUUAUAUUAUCGGGAGUUUCAAAAUAUUCCCAAGGAUCAAGUCACAAAGGAGCCGAGCAAAUUGACGCACAUUAUUGAGAAAUUUCACCAAAAUCCAGCCAAGGAACCGGUGAAGGAUAUAGCGAUUCGGAACUGCUUCAUCCAGGAUAACAAAAUCGCACUGCAGUUCCAUUACGGGGAGGAUUGUAUUACCGCCUCCACUCGGGAGUUCAUCAAGCCACCAAAGUCCGAGAUGGGCGAGGAGGUUCCCUACGAUCCGUCCUGUACUUCCGGCUACGUGUCCAAUCCCUGGGACCCUCAGCCGACUCAGCUCGACCUCUUUCUACUGCUGAAGGAACAGCUCAAAGCGGAAGAACUGGCCUCUCACGCAUUCCGCCGUCGAGUGGUCGAAAUCGACACGAUGCUCAGUGAACGUCGUAAGCAAACGGACUCACCGCGUCUUACCAACAGCCUGUUCGAUCCACUGCGCAACGAGGAGGCCCGUCAACUACGGCUAGCCAAGUACGAAGCCAUCAAGGCACGGGAGGAACAGAUCAAGCAACAGCAGGCCGACUUCCUAGCACCGUAUCUGCUCCGUCUCGGGGACACUAGCAAACGUCCUCCGAAACGCGCUCAAGUGAUGGAACUGUACCGUGACUGUACGACGGAUCUGCGUCGCUUCUAUCAACGGCUCGAGGAGGAGCUACGCAACCGCUGUGACGAUCUGAUCACCGAGGAACAAUCGUUGAAACGAUUCUUGUCCCGCUUUCAGCAGCAUUUUGAGGACGCCGAGUAUGAAAAGUUCAUUGCCGAGGGUGAAACGAUCGAGCGGGAUAAACACAUCCUGCAGAUGCGGCUGGAGAACAUCCAGGACGACUAUCGCCGGAAGGCCGAACAUCUCCGGCGGACGUUGCGUGCGGACGAACGGCUUCGUCCGUAUCUUGGUGCUGAGUUGGAGUCACCCUGCGAAAGAAGUGAUUGCGAUGACGAAUGAACCCGUCAUGGUGUUUGUGUGGUUUGGUUUCGUUUUCCAAAUGUUUGUGCUAUCUUUAUUGAACUAAAAUAAACAAUAACAUAUUUUCCACUCUCUUAACAACUUC